AUGGAAAUCAAAGACGAGUCCCUUGCUAGACAUGAACAAUUUCUUUUGGCCACUAUCUUGUGCAGCGUAUUGGCAUAUGCCUACUUUGAAAUCAAGACAUGGCAUCGAGAUGCGUUUCGCUUCAGGUCUUGGAGAAAAAGUUCACCAAUUGUGAUAUUAUCCACACAAAAGCAAAUUACAGAGUUGAGUGAAGCACUUUGCUUUACGCAGCAAAAUGUAUACGCCGAUAUGCUUGGGUUUCAACUGGAAAUGGAUAAUAUUGAAAACAGUCUUGGCGACUACAAGCUCAUGAGAAAACAAAUCCACUGUUGCGUCCUUCAAGCUACAGGCCACAACCAGCUGAGAUCACUUUACCCAUGUUUAUACCACCGCUUGAACAACACUUUGGAGUGCAUAUUUAGUCAAGAUUUGGCUUCAAAUGGUGAUACUUCUGUCGCAUUACCACGGACAGCCCGCCGACUGGCUUUGGCCCUUACGAGCCCCAUAUUCUUUGGAGAAACUCUUUCCUCAGACGGAGAAUUCUGUAACGCGCUUCUGCAAUGUUCUAUAGGCAUAGUGAAGUACACGACUAUGCUUCAGGCCCGAUCUUCCCUUUGGUCAUCUUUAGUACGUGCGAUCAUUGCUAAGCGUGCACGAGCCAUGCGCUUCGUUCGAAACCGACUAUUGAAAUACCUUAACGAACACUCCGUAUGUGAGGAGCCAGGCCGUAUAAAACAGACAUUGCUUUCCAAUAUGAUCAAUGUGAUGAAAGCCAGCAAGCUCUGGGUCCCAUCUCUACUUGCGGGGCAGCUCUUAAGAACAUGGCUCGCUAUUUCUCACCAAACGUGGACGAAUUUAGAUGUUAUCAUUCUAGAGGCAAGCGCGAGGAAGAAAUGGCAGCAUGCGCUUCGUGAGGAGCUCGAAGAAUCUACGCCGCUGGACUACGAACGGCUUGACCAGCUUCCGCUUAUGGAUAGCUUCAUCAAAGAGACUGUCAGGCUCAAUCCACCAGAUAAAUUUACAAUGCGUAGAAAAGCAUUAAAGCCGUACACAUUUUCCGAUAACUCUGUUUCGGUACCUGUUGGCGCAACGGUCUGCGUCUCAGCAUACGAUCAAAUGCAUGAUCCACAAACUUACCCCAAUCCAGACUCUUUCAGCCCUUCACGAUACCUUGGUGACAAGUACAAAACCCAAUCGAAGUUCACGGACGUUUCAGAGUCUUUUCUGGUCUGGGGUUAUGGUUCUCUCGCUUGUCCCGGCAGACGAUAUGCGUCUUUAGUUAUUAAGAUGGUGCUGUCCGAGCUAUUACAGAAGUAUGAGCUCAGUCUGGAAAGUGAAGAGACGGAGACGAUGUCAUCAUGGGAGGCAUUUACCAUGCCUUAUGAGUCCACCCGAAUUGUUCUGAGAACAAGGGCUCAGUUAGACAACAAUUGA